GGGAUAUCACGAGUUAGAGACAGAGGACGAAUUUUCUGGUGCACCGUCAGUUGAGGCAGUUGAUGUGUUGGGGAAUUAUUCUUCUGAUGACGAGGGUUUUUGUGUUAGAGAGGACUGUGAAGGAGUCCUACUAGGGGAUUAGUACAUAAUCUGUUUUUAAUGGAAUUUAUUUAUGUAUAUAGUCUGUUUUAAAUAGAUUUUGUUAUGGUUUCAAGGAUCCAACAUGGUGAAGUUUCAAGAAAACUUGUCUAGAGGAGGAAUGUCUAGAGGAGGACUGUCUAGAGGAGGAAUGCCUCGUCGAAGUUUGCGUCAACAAGGAAUAGAUGUCACUCCUAUUGGAAAGGCGAUCAAAAAAGUGGUUGGCCAACGAAAAAAAAGAAAAACUAGACAGAUAAAUGAAGUAGUAGAUAAAGAGACAGAGGAAGAAGUUGGUGAAGACAUGGAGAAAGACGUUGGUGAAGACAUGGAGAAAAACGUUGGUGAAGAGAAUGUAUAGAAGUUGGUCAAACUGUUGAGAAAGAAGUUGAGCAACAGGUUAGAGAAGAACAUGUUGAGGAAGAAGUUGAGCAACAGGUUGGAGAAGAACAUGUUGAGGAAGAAGUUGCUAUAACAAAGAAGAAGAGAACCAGAGGCUUGACCAAAAUGCAGAAAGUGGCAAAAGACCCUCUGGUUAAGGUUGAUGUGCAAUUCACUACAACUGGCAAACAUUAUGGACCUGGUUCAGUAACCCUUUCAUCAUUCCUGGGUCCACUUGUAAGGGAGCAUGUGUCGGUUCUACGUGAAGAUUGGAGGCAGCUCGAUGAUCAGACAGAGGACAUACUAUGGGAGGAAAUUCAGGGGAAAUUUAAUUUGACAGAAGAAUGGCAGAAAGAUGCAGUUUUCCAGCAGAUGGGUUGUUUGUGGAGGGCUUCCAAGUAUAGACUUGUUUCCCAGUUGCGUGCUGCAAAAAGUAACGCUGUGAGACUUAACUUAAAACCAAGCAACAUACAAUCUAUUGAAACUUGGAAUACAUGGGUGAAGAACAUGACUAGCCCAUCGUUUCAGAUAAGAAGUAACAAAUACAGAGAACUAAGGAGGGCUCAGAUACCCCACACCACAAGCCGCAAAGGAAUGUUUCGCCUAUCUCAGGAGAUGAAAGAAAAGAGUUCAGACCCCAAACAGGUUACAAGGAGUAAGGUGUGGCUAGUAGGACACACCUAUACAGAUGGGACCCCUGUGCGUCCAGAAUUUGCAGAUACAUUUGAAAAAAUUCAGUCAGUUGAUAGUCAGAUGGACUCCACAUCUUGUGAUAAUGUUAGAGAAGAUGCUGUUAGUCAAGUACUCGGAAAAGACAAAUGUGGAAGAGUUAGAGGGUUGGGUAGAGGUGUUACCAUUACUAAGCUAGCAUUCCGUCAGGCUAGAGAUUCAAAAGUAGAAAAUCUUGAGGCUAAACAAGUUGAAUUGAUUAGCAAGGUGGACCACUUGAAUAUGUAGUUCGUCAAUUAGCUGGGAAGCGUAGUGAUCAUGGGUCUUCUCAAUCGGAAAUAAGUGAUGUUAGCAAAGGAGGAAUUAGGUGUCAGCUCCUUGACUGGUAUGCAGUAGAAGAUAUUGUUGUCGGGGAAGAAGAAUUUUGCUCUGCUGAGCCAACAUACAAGAUUGGUCGCAUUCCUCCUCGCCCUAAUGCGGCAGCUGUUAUAGUGAAGAGUGUAGUAAAGACAGAAGCUUCUCUCUGGAGGCCUACACAAACCCAAUUCUCGCUUGAAGAUGUUGUGGGAGUCAAAAUUCCAUGGCCGGUUGA